AUGUCAUCAACAUUGAUUGAUUUUUUGGUUACUUCAAAGGAAGCUUGCAAUAACAAGUGCAGAAGAGAAGCUGCUAUCAGAGAUGGAACAGUGGAGCAAUAUGAACAACAGUACUCCAAGACAUCAUUUGAAUAUGAUUCAAAAUGUUACAGCCUCUUAAAAGAUAUGGAAAAAGAGUAUAAUAAGUAUGAAUCAUCAAUAAAACAUAGAAGGUACAGUGAGGACUUUGAUGGCACGCAUGGCGAUGAAGAUGAUUCAAAAGAGCUUAAAAUUAAUACAGAGGAUGAAUCGGUUGCUGAACUAAGAAAACGAUUACUAGGCAGACUGAGUGACAAGGCUGAACAGGAUGCUGGACAAUCUGUUGAAACUCAGAUUCAAAAUCAUGAGGACAUGCAACAGAACUUGUAUGAGGAUAUGAGCAAACUUGUAGGCAGCUUGAAGCAAGGUGCAGUAGCAUUUCAAAACGCCUUGGAAGAGGAUCAAAAAGUUCUUGGUGCAGCUGAAAUAGGUAUUCAAGUGGCGUCGCGAGGCAUUGUUGACAUAAGUGGGAAGCUUAAAACCUAUGACAAAGCCAAACUUGGAUAUUUGUUUUAUAUUUUGACUUUCCUAUUUAUGUUCAUUGGUUUAUGCGUUACAUUUAUCAUCAUUAAAAUAUUCCCAGCUAUGUAA